AUGAUGUGCGAGGUGAUGCCCACCAUCAGCGAGGGGGACCCUCUGGGUCCCCCCCAGGGCUCUGAGGCGGACGCCGACUUUGAGCAGCUGAUGGUGAACAUGCUGGACGAGAGGGACAAACUGCUGGACACCCUGCGGGAGACCCGGGAGACGCUCUCUGUCACCCAGAGCCGCUUGCAGGAGACCCUACGGGAGCGUGACCAGCUCCAGAGGCAACUCAACUCAGCACUUCCACAGGAGUUUGCAACGCUGACACGGGAGCUUAGUGCGUGCCGGGAGCAGCUCCUGGAGAGGGAAGAGGAGAUCUCGGAGCUGAAAGCCGAGCGCAAUAACACCCGGCUCUUGCUGGAGCACCUGGAGUGCCUGGUGUCGAGGCAUGAGCGGUCCCUGAGGAUGACCGUGGUCAAGCGUCAGGCCCAGUCGCCGUCCGGGGUUUCCAGUGAGGUCGAGGUGCUCAAGGCACUCAAGUCACUCUUUGAGCAUCACAAGGCGCUAGAUGAAAAGGUCAGGGAACGCUUGCGAGCAGCCUUAGAGCGAGUGGCAACCUUGGAGGAGCAGCUCGUGGAUGCCCAUCGGCAGGUGGCAACUCUGCAGCAAGGCACUGCACGGGAGACCCCGGCAGGGGAGCGUGAUGAGAGGGAGCCCAAGGAGCCAGCCCAGAAGCUUCCCUGGAAGCGACUCUCCAACGGCUCCGUCCACCCGGAUGAUGAGGCAGGACGGGUGGUGGAGCUGCAGGAGCUUCUGGAGAAGCAGAAUUUCGAAGUGGUCCAGGCCAAGGAGCGCAUCUCUGCGUUGGCUGCCAGCGUCGCCGAGCUGGAGGAGGAUCUGGGCACCGCCAGGAAGGAUCUGAUCAAAUCGGAGGAGAUGAGCAGCAAGUACCAGAGGGAUCUCCGAGAGGCCCUGGCUCAGAAAGAGGACAUGGAGGAGAGGAUCACCACGCUGGAGAAACGCUACCUGGCAGCCCAGCGAGAAGCCACCUCCAUCCAUGACCUCAACGACAAGCUGGAAAGUGAAUUGGCCAACAAGGAGUCCCUGCAUCGCCAGUGCGAGGAGAAAGCCCGGCACCUGCAGGAGCUGCUGGAGCUGGCGGAGCAGAAACUGCAGCAGACAAUGCGGAAGGCAGAGACGCUGCCCGAGGUGGAAGCGGAGCUGGCUCAACGCAUCGCCGCACUCACCAAGGCAAAAGAGAGGCACGGGAGCAUCGAGGAGCAUCUCCGGCAGCUGGAGAGUCAGCUGGAGGAGAAGAACCAGGAGCUGGCCAGGGCCCGCCAGCGGGAGAAGAUGAACGAGGAGCACAACAAAGCAAAACCAACCCCUGCCUGUCUCUUGUCUCGCCCUGAACAGCGCCGGUUGUCUGAUGAGAUCGACAAACUGAGGUUGGAGGUUGAUCAACUCAAGACCAGAAGUGGGGCGUUCGUGGAGAGCGUGCACACAAGGUCCCAUAUGGGCAGUGCCACGGACCUGCGCUUCCCACUGAGCACCGUGGUCCAUGCCCCUGCAGAGCCCUUCGGGACAGCCCCGGGCCUGCCUCGGGCACAGAAGGGCCGAUUCGCCGCUCGACGAGAGGAGCCAGCCAAGGACUGGGAGCAGGCCCAGGCAGGCAGCGUCCUGGCUACGGGGCCUCACGCCUUCGACAGCGACCCCGAGAUCUCCGAUGUGGAUGAGGAUGACCGUGAGACGCUCUCCAGCUCCAUGGAUGUGCUCUCCCCCAGCGGGCACUCAGAUGCUCAGACGUUGGCCAUGAUGCUCCAGGAGCAGCUGGAUGCCAUCAACGAGGAGAUCAGGAUGAUCCAAGAGGAGAAGGAGUCCACCGAGCUCCGCGCGGAGGAGCUGGAAACCCGCGUCACGAGCGGCAGCAUGGAGGGCCUCAACCUCACCCAGCUCUGCAAAAGGGCUUCCAUCCCCACCUCGCUGACAGCCCUGUCCCUGGCCAGCUCAUCCCCACCGCUCAGCGGCCGCUCCACCCCCAAGCUCUCCUCCCGCAGCGCUGCUCAGGACCUCGACCGCAUGGGGAUCAUGACGUUGCCCAGCGACUUGAGGAAGCACCGGAGGAAACUGCUAUCACCUGCAGCUCGGGAUGAAAGCCGAGAGGAUAAAACCACCAUCAAAUGCGAGACGUCCCCCCCAUCCUCACCCAGGACGUUGCGGCUGGAGAAGCUGGGCCACCCUGCGCUAAGUCAGGAGGAUGGGAAGAGCUCGCUGGAGGAGCAGGCCAGCAACCCCAGCAGCAACAGCAGCCAGGACUCCUUGCACAAGGGCUCCAAGAGGAAGGGGAUCAAAUCCUCCAUCGGGCGCUUGUUCGGGAAAAAAGAGAAGGGUCGCUUGAUUCAGCUGAGCAGAGAAGGGGCCACGGGGCAGGUGCUGCUGACCGACGUGGAGGUGGGCAUGCAGGACCCUCUGGGACUUGGCAAGCUGGGUGCUCAGGCCGAGAAGGAUCGACGCUUGCGGAAGAAGCACGAACUCCUGGAAGAGGCUCGGAGGAAAGGCUUGCCCUUUGCUCACUGGGAUGGCCCCACCGUUGUGUCCUGGCUGGAGCUCUGGGUGGGUAUGCCGGCGUGGUACGUUGCCGCUUGCCGAGCCAACGUGAAGAGCGGAGCCAUCAUGUCAGCCCUAUCCGACACUGAGAUCCAGAGGGAGAUCGGCAUCAGCAAUGCGCUGCAUCGCCUGAAGCUGCGUCUGGCCAUCCAGGAGAUGGUCUCGCUCACGAGCCCCUCGGCACCACCCACCUCACGCACGUCCUCUGGAAACGUCUGGGUCACCCAUGAGGAGAUGGAGAACAUGGCGACUUCCACCAAGACGGACACAGAGGAAGGCAGCUGGGCACAGACACUAGCCUAUGGGGACAUGAACCAUGAGUGGAUUGGGAAUGAGUGGCUGCCCAGCUUGGGUCUCCCACAGUAUCGCAGCUACUUCAUGGAGUGUCUUGUUGAUGCACGGAUGCUGGACCACCUCACCAAGAAAGAUCUCAGAGUGCACUUGAAGAUGGUGGACAGUUUUCACCGCACCAGCCUGCAGUAUGGCAUCAUGUGCCUGAAGAGGCUCAACUACGACCGCAAAGAGCUUGAGAGGAGGCGAGAAGAGACCCAACACGAAAUCAAAGACGUGUUGGUGUGGACCAACGACCAAGUCAUUCACUGGAUCCAGUCCAUCGGGCUUCGCGAGUAUGCGAACAACCUCGUCGAGAGCGGGGUGCACGGCGCGCUCCUGGCCCUCGACGAAAACUUCGAUCACAACAGUUUGGCGCUUGUGUUGCAAAUUCCCACGCAGAACACACAGGCUCGACAAGUGCUGGAGAGGGAGUUCAACAACCUGCUCGCCUUGGGCACGGAUCGGAGGCUGGACGAUGGCGAUGACAAGACCUUCCGUCGAACCCCGUCCUGGCGAAAGCGCUUCCGCCCACGAGACGUUCACAGCAUCAACAUGCUCAGCGGCUCGGCCGAGACGCUCCCCCCCCCCUUCCGCGUCCCCAGCCUGGUGCCCUUGCCCCCUCCAUCUGCCCCUGCCAAGAAAAUGCCCCCAGAAGUUGGUGCCUCUGGGUCGCCAAGGCUGGAGACCUCCACAGUCCGAACGUACUCCUGCUGA